AUGAAACCAAAAGAUGUCACUGCUGAGAAUGAAAAAAAUUAUCUACGAAAUAUUUAUGGAAAUUAUCGUGUCAAUCGUACGCGUAAUAUAAAGUUUAAAAUUGGAGACAAAGUUCGAGUCAGCAAGCACAAACACGUUUUCGAGAAAGGCUACACACCGAAUUGGACAACUGAGAUUUUUACCAUAAGCGAGAUACGAAAUACCGAUCCCAUCACAUACAAGCUCACGGAUUAUCAGAAUCAACCGAUCGAAGGUGGUUUCUAUGAGGAAAAACUCACUCUAGUCAGAAAUCCGGAUAUUUUCCUUGUGGAAAAAAUAGUGCGAAAACGUGGAAAUCAGCUGUUAGUAAAGUGGCUAGGUUUCGAUAGUACACACAACAGUUGGAUAAAUAAGAAAGAUUUGUAA